AUGGUACUCGGAUCGAUAGCAGGGGUUUACGGACUUCUGUUUGAUGAUUGGGUUCGUUCAUUCCUGAGAUUUCGACGGUUCCUUAUCGAGCAAGUUGGUCCCUUUUCCUAUGGCGCCUUUGGCAUUUGGGUCCUCUGGUGUGUGGCUUUUGGGGCGUUUUCAACUUGUUGUGGGCACUUUAUCACUCCAAUGUCGGAUGGAUCUGGUAUCCCCACAAUGCGUGGGCUCUUCGCUGGAGUGUUUCAGAAUCCCGAUGAUCUGCUUUCAUUCCGCACACUUGUCGCUAAAACGUUUGGUACAUUGAUUAGCUCGAGCUCUGGCCUGUCAGUGGGGCGUGGAGGCCCAUUCACCCAGAUCAUGGCCAUGAUCGGGUAUCUGAUAAGUAAAAUCCCGUUAUUUCGACGUGCAAACUUCGGCCAAGCCAACUACAACUUCAUCCGUGCAGCGGUGGCAGCUGGUGUCACGUCCGGCUUUGGUUCACCCGUGGGCGCAGUUCUCUUCUCUAUUGAAGCUACUGCCAAGCACUACGAGAUCAAAUGCUUGUGGGAGGGAAUAAUUUGCUCUUCCUUUGCUCUACUGGUCUUUCGCAUUGCCCCCGUUCUAAAAAGUGAGCUUUUGUUCGAGAAAACAAAUUUUACCGGCUUUGAGCUGGACGUGGAGAUGUUCGCAUUUGUCUUUUUAGGUGCUCUCAGCGGGCUUGCGGCAGGUUUGUACUGCAAGUUAAUGGUCGGGCUGCGAUUCAUACAGCUGACAGUUUUCACGAAACUGGGACUCACAAAGCCGUCUCUGAAGCGCCGACUCAUUCACGUGGUCUCAAUUUGUUUGAUCACAGCAACGAUCACUUUUUCACUUGGAAUUUUGAGAAUCUCGGAUCGCCUCAUGGUGAACGAGUUGUUUCGCGACCAAAGUCUGAGUUUCCCGCAGUGGGGACACAUCUCGGAUUUCCCACAGACAGCGUUGAUGGUCUAUAUCAUGAUGAAGUUUACCAUAACUCUGCUGCCAUGUGGAGCUCCGAUCUCCUGCGGCGUCUUCGGACCCAUUUUCACUACGGGUGCAGCUAUCGGAAGGCUAUAUGGGGAGAUCCUUUCGCGGUAUUGGACCCCGGCCCAAAGCCCCGCAACGUAUGCCGUCGUCGGCGCUGCAGGAUUUGCUGGUUCAGUAACGCAGACUGUAUCUACAGCUGUAAUUGUAUUCGAGCUUACAGGACAACUUAGUCACAUGCUACCAGUCAUGAUUUCAUGUAUCGUGGCUUACUUCGUCAGCAGUAUGAUCACACCUUCGUUCUAUGAUAUUGUGGCUGAGUGGGCUGGGAUGACGUCGGUGUGUUACGAUGUCAACGAGUACAUUCUCGGUCGGAAGCUUGCAAAAGAUCACAUGGGUCCAGUCCCUGUUGUCUUCACUCGAGAAACCACUUACGAUGAAGCCAUUCAAGCUCUGAGCACGCACAAGCAUGAAGGAUACUUCCCUCUUUGCGACAGCGAGGACAACAGACUGCUACUGGGAUGUAUUCGUCGAUAUGACCUGGAAGUUGGAAUAGCACGGUUCAUUGCUGUCAACCGUCCGCGGAUGACCAAGACGAAGAACCGAAAGGUGUCGAAACAAAUUGAGCACCUGGUGUCGAAAGUUCUAGACAUUGACAAGCGGAAAGUCAUGGCAGUGGAAGAUUUGUCACUGUUAAACUCCGAGGAGAAGAAUGCAUCGUCGACAGCAAAUAUGCUCGAACUAGGACCCCCAUUUAGCCCCUUUGAGUUCACUUCGAUCCCUGUACAAAGCUACAUCCCUCAGGUCGGGGAGGAAGUAAACCUUCACAUCGUUCACAAAGUGGCCUCCAUGUCAAACUGGACCCAGGUGUACGUUGUUUCUCUCGGAAGACUGCUCGGUGUCAUCCAGCUCGACGCUUCUCUUCUAUUGCUACGUAGGGAAUCUAGCCUUGUCCGGCCGACCUAG